GGGGCUGAAGGAAACACCUGAACAAUUUCCUCAUUGUCUACCUGUCUUCAACUACCAUUCCUUGUUCCAGGAAAAACACCGCUUCGAUUGGAACAUAUCUAUCCACACACAGGGAAGAGCAGCAGACAGGAAACAAGAAAGAGAAAGGGAAGCAGAGAGAUGGGUUCUUUCUUAAUCCGAAGAUUCAUAUUUACACCACAGUUUCUCUUUUUUUCUCUCCUCAUUUCACUAUCGUUUGCCUCAGAAACAAUCUCCCUUGGAAACGAGAAGCCAACAGCCUAUGAGGUUCUCGAAGACUUCAACUUUCCCAUUGGUCUUCUUCCAAAAGGUGUGGUUGACUAUAAUCUUGACUCUUCAUCGGGGAAAUUCUCGGCUUUCUUGAAUGGUAGUUGUAGCUUCUCUCUGGAAGGGUCUUACCAGUUGAAAUACAAGAAUACCAUUAAAGGGUACAUAUCAAAGGGCAAACUUUCAAGCUUGGAAGGUGUUAGUGUCAAGCUUUGGUUCAUGUGGGUUAAUAUUGUUGAGGUCUCAAGGAGAGGAGAUGAUCUUGAAUUUUCUGUAGGGAUUGCUGGUGCAAAUUUUCCUAUUGAUAAUUUUGAAGAGUGCCCUCGAUGUGGGUGUGGAUUGAAUUGCAAUGAUCAGCAAGUGAGAAAGAUGAGGAAAAACCCUUUUGUUUCUUCUUAUUAAAAGAAGUUUGAAUGAGAGAAAUGUAGUAUUCAAUCCAUGAAUUUCAUGGGUUCUUGUUGAAUUUGAUGCAGAUCUAUGGAAUUGGUUGUGGUUCAUUUUGGUA